CAGAAACCCAGACGGGGGAAGCCGGAAUAAUAUAAGAACUUGAAAAACUACUAAAAACCCACAAAAUCCAAACCCCACUUUUCUCUCCUAUUAUACGAUCAUAGAUUUUUUUCCCCGCGCAGUAGUGGGAAUUUUCUGCAGUUCGAGCUUCUUCAAAAAUCCAGCCGAUUUUUCUGUUUGGUUUAAUCGGUUUUGGGGGUUUUUGGAGAUUCCUUGAACAUCGACAGUACGAUCGCUUCGGCCGAUCGUCCAGUUUCAAGGGGAAGACGAUACUGAUUCUGCUUCUCCGAAGAAGAAGAAUAAGGGUUUGUUUGUGUUCUGGUUUCUGGUGCGAGCGAAGUGGUUCGCUGAAUCUGGUUUAUGGGUUUUGUUUCUUGUUUCUGAUUGGAAUGAUGCUGGAUUUUAGGGAAGAUGAUGAUUGGAAGUAGGGUUUUGGGUUUCCCUUUUAGGGCUGGCUCUGAGAAGCCAAUAAUGGAGGAAGCCGAAGCUUGCUAUUACAAAGAGAAUGGCGAUGAUGUUGACCCUGACAUUACUCUCUCUUACAUUGACGAGAGGAUUCAAUGUCUUCUUGGUCAUUUUCAAAAGGACUUCGAAGGUGGAUUUUCAGCUGACAACUUAGGGUCGAAGUUUGGUGGUUAUGGCUCAUUUCUGCCUACAUAUGAACGCCUUCCUUCCAUUCGACCACAUACGAUAAAGCAACAAAGCCACUGCAAUGCAGUGCCAUCACCAGAUAAUGUGCCCUUGGAGGGUUCUUUUCAAAAUUUAAAAGCUCCACCACCUGAGAGGCCAGAAGCUAUUUCCUCUCGCAAUUCAAGAGAAACUUCUGGUAGUAUCGCUGGGAGACUAGACUCGUGCUUGCCAUCUACUGAAGUUACUAAUAGUAAUAGUUACCCUCCGAAACAUGAAACUUUAAGCAUAUUAGGCAAUCCGACGAAUAACAGAACACUUAAAGUUCGAAUUAAAGUUGGUUCUGACAAUAAUGCAUUGAAAAAUGCAGCAAUAUACAGUGGCCUUGGACUUGACGACUCUCCAAUGUCAUCAUCAGAGAACAGCUCUGAUGUAAGUGAAGGGAUGCUGCCGAUAUCUCAAAGCCUCGCGGAUGAGUUUCCAGCUAAGAUAAUUGAGGAAAUGACCUCUUUUGCAGUGCCUCACGGAGUAUUGAUAUCACCUCUUCAUGAUAGCCUACUUUCCUUGCCAAGCAAGGAAAAACCUUUCCAAGAAACCAAACCCAUGAUUUCCCUUGAGGAUCAAAAAGAUGUUUUGGCCAAGAUAGUCGGUGAGAAAACUUCAAUGCAAAAAGAAAGAAACUUGGUUAAGAAGACGAGAAAGGAGGUCGGGCACAGAGAAAGGCAGGCCAAUUUAAAGAACGAAGUUCAUGCUUGUCUUGGCGAGGAGAAGACUACUAUAAUACAUGGAAAAUCAGAUAGUGAGGCUCUUGAAGGCAAAGAUUUCCCUCCUAAUGAGUUGCAAUGCAGACCUGUUUCCGACUCGAACCAUGGCUUGCGUAAUUUGAAGCUGUCUUGUAGUGCAUCUGAUGUUUCAAUUUGCAAGAAAGAGGAUAGAUUAGAAGGCAGAUUUAAGGAGUCGAAUUUGGAGACAACAUCCGGACAAGAUUGUUUGAAGAGUGGUAGUAAGCUGAGAAUUAAGGCUGGAAAGGCUUUGGAACAAAAGAAGACUGUCAAAAUCUCUGCCUCGUUGGAAGUUCCCUCAUCAUUGGAAGAUCAAUCUGAGGGAACUAUGUGCAAUGCUUACUUAAAGCCACAAAAUAAGAAUCUUUCUCGUAAAGCUACAUUACAUGAAACAGAUAACGACAAAGUAUCUAUUAAGAUAGAAAAGUCUGGAACUAUUGGCAAGAAUAAAUUGAUAGUGCUACAGAAUGUUUGUGGGAAAACAGCUAGUUCAUUUGAGGAAGGCAUCAAGAUUGGAAGUGGAGCACCAAAAGGUAGAAAAGACACUGAUUCUGAUACUCCUGAUUUUGAAAAUAAAAGGCACAGGUUCAAACUACAUAGCGAUGAGAAAGUAGGAGCAAACAAUAGGGUUGUAAUUGAGAGGGCUUCAGGUGACUUGCGAAAGGUCAGAGGCCUGGAUGACAGUGGAACCGAAAAGUUCAAGUAUCGGAAUGAAACAAAGGAAAGACAGAAGGGUAGCAGAAUGGAUGUUCAUUUGUGUGGAGCAUCUGUUAAAGAUGGUCAAGGUGCUCGUCCUCUUGUCAUCGACAAUGACCCAGGUUCGAAGAUGGUUGAACCAUCAGUGGUGGUUCCUGUACACGUACAACAUUGGGUAUGCUGCGACAGUUGUCAGAAGUGGCGCCUUCUGCCCUUUGAAUCAAAGCCAGAACAACUUCCUGAAAAAUGGCUGUGUAGGAUGCUCGAUUGGCUGCCUGGUAUGAACAGGUGUGACAUUGAGCAAGAUGAGACAACGAGGAUGUUCUAUGCCUUGUACAAGCUGCCAAUGCCUGAGAGUGGAGAUGCUAUACAGAUCCAUGCCAAUGAACCAGCAUCAGGUGAUGCUAUAAAUCAGGGAAAAAGGAAAGAAACUUUGAAGGUAACACAAAAUCCAGUUAGCAGUAUUGGUCAGACACAUGUCAAAAGUUCUCAGAAAAACCAGCAGCAGGAGUCCAGGAAAAGAAAAAGUCUUAAUGGCUUGAGUAAUCCUCAAAAUCAGUUGAGAAGUUCAAUAGAUCAAUCUUCUAGUGAACUGCACAACAUGGCAGAGGGAAAUAACAGGGAUAAACUGAAAGAAAAAUCCAUUGAUAGAGUUAAUUGUGAGCAAUCAAAAAGAAAAAACAAGAAACCUGAAGAAAAUCGUCUUCAUUUUGAAGCUGUUAAGCACUCCAAGAUGGAAGACAUGUGCUCUGUUGAUAAUCGUCAAGACUUCAAUGUGGACAUUGGAAAAUUGGGUUCUAGUUCAAAUUCUGGAUUGACAAAUAUGGAAGGUGGGGAAGGUAUGCUGAAGCAUGGCGACAUUGGUUUGACGAAGCACGACAAAUUCAAAACAGUGAAUAAAAGGCAAAUUUCAUCGAAGAAACAGGGAAAACCAGCUGAAAUCUCCUCUGUUGAUCAAGUAAGUGGUAAAAGUGACGGUUGCACGAAGAAAAGGAAACUGAAGGAUUGGCAGGAUGAUCAAAACUCUCAUAAUAGCGCACUACAUGUGAAGGAAGAAAAUUGUGAAGGACUGAAGAAAAAAAGAAAGUUCCAUGUGUCGAAUGAUACCCAUAAACGUAAAGGUGAUUUUAACUCAAAGAGAGAAGGGGGAACUACACAGUUUUCUGCAUCAGGUAGUGGGAAUGAUUUCACUAAUGGUGUGGAAGAAAUCAGCAAGGAUAAGGGACUGAAAAUGCAAAAGAAGAUUAUUUAUAAACAAACAUCAGUUGGUCAGGAGUCAUUGAAGAGAAAUUUAGGUGCUCGACAAGUUUCACAUCUACCUAAAACCAAAUUUGGAGUAAAAGUUUCUACUGCUGAAUCGGUUUCAUCAUCUCCCAUGAGGACAUCCAGCCUUGAUCUAUUUGGAGGGGAAAAAGAGGAUAUUACCUCUAAUAUUCACUCCGACACCAGAAGCAAGAAAAUCAAACCUUCACCUGGAGUUCAACACCAUUUUGUCACUGCUGAUGCUAAUGCUUUUCAGCAACCUAGAUUGUGCAAUAAUCAUAUAGAUGACAGCAUGGAACCCAGCCACAAGAAACUCAAGAAAGUAUUCCCUAAUAAGGAGCUUUCCACAGAGAAUAAGGAUCUCUUUCUGACUUCCAAUGAGAAAGACAAAAGUGUCUUGUCUGAUGUAGAAUUAGACAAGGCAAAGGCUUCUGAUGGAAUUUCCAAGCAUUCAAAGAAGAGCAUGAUACGCGAGCCAGAGGUUGAUUCCUACCAUGUUUCACCUUGUCCGGAUGGGGUGGGUGAAAUUGAACAAAAUAUUCCUAGAAAGCGCGGUACUAAGUUGACUAGAAAAGAGAAGAUUCAUGUUGGCGCUGAAGGAUUCGAAACCCCUCACAAUAUCAAGGGCCAUGAUGUUGAAGACCAGAGACCAGGUACUGUAAUUCAAUCAAAUAGAGCAGUUAUAAUUCAGAAUAAAAGUGGUCUGAGAACUGUAGAAACGAAGGAUGGAAAAUCAAAAUGCUCCUUGUCCUCAGGAGAUGAAUCCAAAGGAGAAACAUUGCAUCUUGGUGGUGACCCUCAACAAGUUUCUCUUAUGGCGGGCGAUUCUCAUCAGCUUAUUGUUGUUGCCCCUAAAAGCGAUGAUGCAGUAGAGUCGAAGACAUUAAAAAACUUAGGGAAUGCUGCUAACAAGAAUGGAAUUAGCCUUAGAUAUCAAACACCUGAUCAACAGGGAUCUAGAGAAGUUAAUGCUUCAAAUCCUGACAGAAAAAAAUCCUCCAAUCAGACUGCUUGUAAUGUAUUGGAAGAAACCAAAUGUCUUAGAGACCAUGCGGAUCGCCUCAAGCGUUACGGAUACAGUUUUGAAAGUAAUGAGGCUUUCUUCCAAUCUGCUCUGGAGUAUCUUCAUGGGGCAUUCCUUCUAGAGACUCAUAGUAAUGCAAGUGGCAAGAAUGGGGAUUUGACUCACAUGCAGGUCUAUGGUAUUACAGCUGAACUGUGCAAGAUCUGUGCCCAUGAAUACGAAAGACGUCAGGAAAUGGCUGCAGCAGCUUUGGCUUAUAAAUGUAUUGAAGUAGCAUACAUGAGAAUAGUUUACCAUAAACAUACAAGUAUCAAUGGAGAUCGCAACGAGAUGCACCCAUCGUUUCGUACAAUUGUUCAAGGUGAAUCUCCAUCUUCUUCUGCAUCAGAUGUUGAUAACUUGAACAAUCAAGCAGCAAUGGAUAAGGAUACUAUUGACAAAGUUGGUGGUUCCCAUGUUGCUGGAAAUCACAUCGCAAAUGCUGGAAGCUGCACGAGUUUUCUUUGGCUGCUCGACUCCACACGCGAUAUUAAUUUAGCCAUGGAGGCCGUGAAAAAAUCUCGAAAUGCAUUUGCGGCAGCUGGUUCACAUGUUAGUGAUGCAAAGAAUGUGACUCAUCUUGCAUCGGUUAAAAAGGCAAUUGAUUUCAGCUUCCAAGAUGUGGAGGAACUCAUACAGUUGGUUCGGGUUGCUUUGAAGACGAUAACUCACUCGGUUUCUGGCAGUGGUAGAGAUUAGGUCAACCAUGUAAAUAGUUAUUUUUCUUGGAUUAUUCUUCCAAGGGGGUGAUCAGUUGAGAAAGCUGAGGAAACUUGACUGCAACCCUAAACUGGUUUUGGUAGCUUUUAGGAUGUCGACCGUUGCAGAAUCGACUUACACAGUUCGCUUCUUACCGAUAGUUCUGUACAAAAGUGAGAUCGAUUAGGAAAUUCAAAAUGUGUAUUUUUAAGUUAUUGAGCUGAGGAUUUUUUUUUUUUUUUUUUUUGGUCCUUUUGUUUUCCUUCACCCUCUUGAAGGUCAUGUAAAGGCUUCGUGAUAUCUUAGCUCCUAAAAGUGGAGCUCAAGUAAAAAAAAAGAGAAAAAAAGAAAAGAAAAAGAAGUUGCAUUUCAUUAGGCAACCAUA